AUUUCCGAUAGGUGAAGUUUGUCUUGAUGUAUUGAUUCUAUUGAAUAAAAUAGGAAAAAAAUCUAAUCAGCACGUCACUAACGUGACAAAGACACCGCAGCCCGUGAAUAAAUCUGACUGGAUAAGUACAUGUUUGGAGAACCAAAAUUUUAAGGCUGAGAGUGUUUCUUUUAAUGUUUACUUCCAAAUAGUCAACACCAUUUUUAUGAAAGCCAUCAAACUAGCUAGUCAAACGUCAUUUAGUUUGACUUUUAUAUACGUAUAGAUUGUUGUGCCGUACUUGAUCAUUUGCCACACCAACAAACAAGACCUCCCACGAGGUUGAUCUGCAAAUUAAGGCCCUUCUCAUAUUAAUUUCUAUCAUGAAUCUUCCUCUUCUUCAACCUCUUUCUUCAUUCAUCAACACCCUUUUCUUCUUCUCACUCUUCUUCCCAACAUAUGUAUCUAGUGAUUCUGAAGGGUACUCAGCAUGUGAACCUUUUAGCUGUGGUCAGAUCAACAACAUUAGCUAUCCAUUUUGGAAUAGUGAUCAACAACCAAGUUAUUGUGGGCAUCCAAAGUUCAAGCUUGAUUGCCAACAAGACAGCGUGACAAUUGGCAUGGUGUCACAGAGAUUCCAUGUUAUUGAGAUUGAUCAAACAUCUAAGGUUUUGAAGAUUGCAAGGUUGGAUUUAUGGAAUGACCCUUGUACUGAUGAGUAUAGCGAUGUCAAGUUGGAUUCUGAUUUCUUCAACUACACUUCCAAUGAUGAUGAGUAUACUUUGUUAUAUGAUUGUGGUCGUCCUGUUUUAAACACGUCUAGAGUGAACAUUGAAGGAACAAUACCAUUCACUUGUCCCAUAGGUGGUGGUUUUCCAAAUGCAUUUUGUCUGUUAAGUAAAGAUGUGGGUAAUUUGAAGGGUCUGGGGUGCAAGAAUAGAAUCAAUGUUUCUGUUCUAAGAGAGGCUAUGAAAGAUGCUUUGCUUGUGCAAAAAGUUUUGGAAGGAGGAUUUGAGGUAGGGUGGAGUGGUGUGGAUGAAGACCGAUGUGAUGGUUGCAUAAAAUCUGGUGGGAGAUGUGGGCACAAUGAAUCUAAGGAUGCAUUUAUGUGCCUCUGUCUUAAUCAGCAAUCUAGUGAUGAGGUUUGUAGCAAAAGCCUAGCAAGGUCUCCAUUAGCAGCACAAACACCUAGACCAACGACAGCAAAGUCGCUGAUACCCCCUAAUUCUCCAAUAUUUCCAAAACAGUCUCCACAUGCUCCGAGAAAAAUUAAUUGGAAGGUGAAACUCAUUAUAGGUGUUGUUUCUGGAGUGGUGGGGGCACUUGCUGUGGGCAUUAUCGGCUAUCUCUGUUAUCGUAAAAAGAAGAAUCGUUAUACAAUGUCAUAUACACAAUCUCGGAGCCUCUCUUCUGAUCCAUCUUCAAAAGACACUGAGAAGGGAAUUCAACGCUUUACUCAAAGCUUUGUACCUGGAGUGCACCUCUUCACAUAUGAUGAACUUGAAGAGGCCACAAAUUACUUUGACUCAUCUAAAGAACUAGGAGAAGGGGGCUUUGGAACAGUGUAUUUUGGCAAACUGCGGGAUGGGCGUUCUGUUGCAGUGAAGAGGUUGUAUGAGAACAACUUUAAGAGAGUUGCACAGUUCAUGAAUGAAAUUAAAAUCCUAGCAAAUUUGGAUCAUCCAAAUCUUGUGACAUUAUUUGGAUGCACCUCUCGCCACACCCGUGAACUUCUGCUUGUAUACGAGUACAUUCCUAAUGGAACCAUUGCCGAUCAUCUUCAUGGUCAACGAUCCAAACCUGGAAAACUCCCUUGGCAUAUUAGAAUGAAUAUUGCUGUGGAGACCGCAAGUGCAUUGAAAUUUCUUCAUCAAAAAGACAUCAUCCACCGAGAUGUGAAAACCAACAAUAUUCUUCUUGACAAUAACUUUUGUGUAAAAGUGGCCGAUUUUGGACUCUCACGUCUUUUCCCAGAUCAUGUCACUCAUGUUUCGACAGCUCCACAAGGGACUCCAGGUUAUGUGGAUCCCGAGUACCACCAGUGCUAUCAGCUUACUAAACAAAGCGAUGUCUAUAGCUUUGGAGUGGUGCUGGUUGAGCUGAUAUCGUCCUUGCCUGCUGUAGAUAUUACAAGGCAUAGACAAGAAAUCAAAUUGUCCGACAUGGCCAUCAACAAGAUUCAUAGUGAGGCACUGCAUGAGCUAGUGGACCCUAGCCUUGGGUUUGAAUCGAAUUUCAAGGUCAGGAAAAUGAUAAAUGCUGUGGCAGAGUUAGCAUUUCAGUGCUUGCAGAGUUCCAAAGAGAUGAGGCCUUCUAUGGAAGAAGUGGCAGACACUCUCAAGGAUAUACAGAGUGAUGGCAAACAUAAAAGCCAGCCUGAGGUAAUGGAUAUCACAAGCACAGCUGAUGAUGUUGUGUUGCUGAAGGAUGACCCUCCUCCACCAUCACCUGAUUCUAAUGCGGUGAGCAAGUUGACAACACCAAAUGCUAGCGGAUAAGAGGACCUUCUUUCUCACUUCCAUGAAAUUAACCUUAUCCAAAUUUAUGUAAGCAGAGUUAGUUAGCAUCACACUGGUACCAGUAUCCACCCAGUUACUGCCCGCAUAUUGUCAUCUUCUUAUGAGGAUAAAUUUUAAGAUUGAGAUGUAUAUAUUGAUGAUAAAGCUGCUUUGGUUAUGAAAUUUCAUCUUUAACAAUUA